AUGGGACUUCUCAUGAAAUUGAAUCCUACGCUACCAACGCAAAUUGCCGUGAAGGCAAUUGUGUUCGACAUGGACGGAACGCUAUGCAUACCGCAAACCUGGAUGUUCAGAGCCAUGCGCGAAGCCGUGGGACAUCAUGACCCGCAAGUUGAUAUCCUGACGUUUGUAGAUAACUUGCCCUCGCAGAGGUUGCGGGACGAAGCCAAUUUGCAGAUCCAGAAAGUAGAAGCGCGCGCUAUGGCGGAAAUGAAACCGCAACCAGGGUUGAUAACGCUUCUGGAGUACUUGACACGAAAAGGUGUAGACACGAGUAUUUGCACGCGGAAUUUAAUCACUCCUGUGCGGCACCUGAUUUCGAAUUUCGUGCCCGCUGAACACGAUCGAUUCCACCACAUAUUAACACGAGAGUUUCGUCCCACAAAGCCCAACCCGGACCCGCUAUUACAUAUUGCUCAGCUGCUUAAAAUAUCGCCGGCAAACAUGAUCAUGGUUGGCGAUUCGUACGACGACAUGGAGUGCGGGGCGGCAGCAGGAUGUGCCACUAUCUUGGUGCGCAACGAUACUAAUGGUGCGCUUCUCGAGACGCGAGGACACUUGAUUGAUGCAGUGGUCUACGAUUUAGCAGACAUUAUACAAUUGUUGGAGCGUGGGUUUAGCAAGAAGGUGCGGACAUGA